AACACUCAAAGCGAAGCAAAACAUUAAAAUUUUCGCAAGUUUCGUUUAUUAUGGUCAAUAAGAGAAAAUUUAUGUUGAAAAUCGUGAAAAAUUGCAGCUCCUUUUGAAAAUUGUGAUCAAGUGCGUAUUCGCGCAUCGAAUUGUACAAAGACCUGCUGCAACCGGACGGGCUGCCGUCAAAGUGCUCAAUUUGUGCUCAUCAUCCGCAAAUAGAAAGAGUUAAAAAAAAUUAACAUGUCUGUGCUUUGGUGUGGUUUAUAGUGUUUUUUUUCUCUGGUAAAUAGAAGUGAAAACCAACUUUGCGCUUUUGAGCAAUUCAAGCAAUCGAAAACAUACGACGUGAUUCCGUCCCAUCUGUCGUCGCUGAGAAUCUGUGUCCAAGAGUGCGUGGAUUUGAUACAUUUUUAAAUCGAAUUAGGAAGUAGUCUUAGCCACACAAUGAAUUCCGCCGGGAGUUUCCGUGGUUCCAGCGCCGCGAGUGGUAGGGAGCCCAACAAACGUUUCUCGAUUCACGAUGCCUUCGAGGAAGAAACGGAUGAGGUAAUCAAAGUUUACGGAUCAACUGUGAUAUCAACGCCGAUGCGGGCCAAGGCCAGAUCCCCGGAUGAUGUGUCCAUACGGGUACAUCACGAUCAGAGGACGCUAAAGUACACCGAUGAUACCACCUCCAGGGAUAGCGACUCGUUAAUACAGGAAUACGGCAACCUGUCCUCCAAUGACACCUACACCUACUGUUGGCGCCAUCCGAAAGUCCGUGAAAACUGGCGAACCGUACUAGCCGCCGCCACUCUACUAGUCAUCGGAACCGGCCUGAUAGCGAUGGGAGCGUACGCAAUCGCUGAACCACACAACGGGUCCCAGGCUGCCGUGUUCUUCGUAGCCGGAUUCAUCUGUUUCGUGCCGGGAGCGUAUCACGUCGUGUACAUCUGGCUGGCCGCACGGGGCUACCGGGGAUUCGACUUCUACCAUCUGCCUUUGUUCACGUAAGGCAAUAGAAGAAGAAGCAGAAGCAGAAAAUCGUUUUGCUGUACGAAGAAAAUAUACUACACAAGUUUGCUCAUACUUCCUUCCCUCGGGAGAAGGAUCGGUUUGAAGGGCUUGGAAGAACUCAUUGAACAUAAAACUCAGCAUAAUGAGAUGUGAUUAAACUGUAAGUCGGUUAGGUACCUUUUUUAUUUUUCGAAAUUUAAUUAGACACAGUAGCUCUCUUUCUAUCCAGUGAAGAGAUUUGAGCUAAUAAAUUAUUUUUUAUCUUGUAACGGUUAGGCGAUAUAUACACUCUCUUAUGUAUAGAAGUAAUUUUCAUAAUAGAACUCAAUAUAUUUUUAUUCGAAUUGAACAAGACUAAUAACCUAAUGCUCUCAAUUGAUAUUUUGUCGAAAAAUGUUAAGAUGUGCUACUGUACUGGGUGUGGAGUUCUUGAGUGCUGCUCGUUAUUUAUUUUCUUUUCGGUAAAAUUUAGGAGUGUUCAUCCAGUUCAUCGGCAAAUAUUGGGCAUAUUUACAUUGCUAAGCAAAUCAAAAUUUCGGACAUUGGUAAGAUACACCGUCGCUUACUGAGCCACUGAUUUAACUUUAUGAUAAUUUUGGAUUUGAUAGCAUUUUAUAAUGUUAACUCUCGAGCUGGGUUCAAUGCAAAAAUGGUACAUGCAUCGAAAGCUCUCAAUUAAUAACCGUGGAAGUGCAUCUAGAACACUAAGUUGAGCGUUGGGAGAAAUCUUCCAUUUUUGUAAAUAAGAAGAGAAAACAUCUAAACUUUUCUGCAGUCUGCUGCAAAUAACACGAAGACUUUUUCCUUUAGCGGAAAUGCCUGUGUCAUCAGCGAACAAAGAUUUGUGGCAACCCUGAUUCAAAUCAGGGAGGUCCGAAAUGAAAAUGUCAUACAAUAUAGUCCCAAGAAUGCUACCCUGGGGGACUCCAGCUCUAAAAGGUAGUCGUUCAGAUUUAGAAUUUUGAUAAUUUACCUGCAGAGUUCUGUCAGUUAAAUAAUUUUGAACUAAUUUCAUAGUAUAGAGUGGAAAAUUAAACUUUUCCAAUCUAGCAAUCAAACCUUUAUGCCAAACACUGUCGCAUGCUUUUUCUAUGUUUAGAAGAGCAACUCCAGUUGAGCAGCCUGCAGAUUUGUUUGAAGGAAUCAAUCU